AUGUCGACAUCCAGCGCGCCAGCCAAGAAGAAGAAGGUUUGCUACAUCAUCGAGAAGCUCUCAGCUGAGACUCGCAUCAACAUCUACAAACACAUCUUUGGAUCCGACAGCCACGCCUCUUUCGCGCCUCUUGACAGCAGCGAGGGCGUUGCGACCUCAGACUCGCCAACUGCUAUACCUACCGCGAUCUUCGCUGUGAACAGACAGUUACACGAUGAGGCACUCGAGACGUUCUUCAACAACAAGGUCAUCCAAGUGACCUUCUCCCAACUCGAAGAUCUUCUCCAGCAGACCUCAUUCCAAGCUUUCGUGCGCGACAUCGAGGUCAUGGCAUGCGACCAAGCUCACGAGGCUCGGGCGGUACAGAAUGUCUUGAUCAAGGUCCAGGGUCUUCCACGUCUGAGGUCAAUCACGAUCCUGAGCGACUACCUCGCAUUCACUGGAGCACCUGACAAACAUGUCACGGUGCGGCAAUGGACGUCAGCUGUGGGGCUUGGAAUUCCGACCUGCACAGACAUCGGACGCUACCAGCUACAUGGCGCAUACAGCAAGGUCCAGUUCCACCACUCCAAGAUACUGGCAAUGUGGCCGAAUGUCCGUACAACGCCAGACGACUACGAUGCCCUUGGCGAGGCGGAGGAGAUCCAACACCAUUGGUCUAUAGCAGAGUAUGUCAGCAACUUGAUGGCAUGGUCAUCUCACAGCUCUCUUCGCUUAUGGGUUGGCCUCUACGAGAGUGCCAAGGCGCACGCAGCCUCCGAAGAUGCCGCCGAUCUUGACGACAAUGAGGCAUUACACAAGGGAAUGUCCUUUGGCAGCUGGCUACGGAUUAUAACACAUCGCCGACCAGACGUGCCCUUCACACUACGUGGUCAAGAUAGCGCUGUACCGCUGCGCGAUCUAGGCGCUCAGCACGACCCGAUCACUCUGGAGAGCGCCACGGAGCUUCUUGCCAUGAACAUUGCCACAUACACGAAGACCGGGGACCUUGAGUACGGUCCGGGCGAUGAAUAUACCAAGCCGCGUUGGUCAGAGCUAGGCGAGAAAUCGGAAGGCGAGAUCAAAGCAGAGUGGUACCCCAUCGCCAUGCGUGCGCUCGAAGAGCAGCGCUUCGUCAAAGACCCACUCGACCAGCAUCGCAUGUGGGAGAUCGACACUGUGCGGAAGAUGAUCCUGAGUAACGAAGGCUGGACAAACGCAUUCGGUGGCACGGAUAAGAUCGACAGCGCUACGAAGCCUGUCCUUCAGCAGAUCAUGUACCUGAUACUUGCCACUGGAGGAGUCGAGAUAUCAGAUGAGGCUAGUCAGGAAUCCGAGUCUUGGUCAAAGGCGCUGCUAGUGAAGUACUUGCGCCAUUGCUUGCCGGAUACUGAAUCAUCGGACUGGGACGACGUUGAACUCAAGACUUUGCGCCAGGUCUUCUUCCUUGCUUUGGCGUUGAUGCUUGUGUCGAGUCGUCAGAAAGCUGGGGCAGGCGCAGCAGGCGGGCUCAAUAACACAGAAGAUAUCAGCAGCGACUCGAAAGACAAGACAAGUACAGAAGAUCAGCAGGCUGAGACUGGGGGAGAAGACGCAGAGAACAGGAUUCAGAAGACUGACGACACCAAGGCCGUCCAAGAAGAGGACUCAGACAUAUCCCAGUACUUUCUGGCGAAGGCGGAGCCAGCUUUGAUAGCUGCGAUGCAGCUGCAGUUCGAGGACAAGUUCCUAGAUGAGGACGAGGGCACCACAGCCACCACAAUGGAUAGCUAG